AUGAGUCAAACACGGAAGAAAAAUUCUUCAGAUGGAGAAACUAAACCCCGGACUUCAUUUGUCAACAAAUUCCUCAGGGGCUCAAAACUUAUGUCCUCCAAAGCUGAAAGCAGAAAAGAGAGCAAUGACCUUGCAACAACUGAUUUCCAACCCAGCAACGAUGCACAGAAAACAGCCACUUUAGAUACGGCUCAGCCUCUCACUUCAGACGAGGAUUGGGGAUCCAGGAUGGAGAAAAAUGAGCAGUUCCUGCAGAAGCUGGGCAGCACGGCUGUGGACAAGUGUCUAGAUCUGAAUAACUGCAGACUAACGGCAGCGGACGUGAGGGAAGUGGUUGCUUUGCUGCCUUUUCUCCCAGACUUGGAAAAACUGGAUAUUUCCUGGAAUGAUUCUGUAGGUGGAAACCUCCAUUCAGUCACCCAGCAAAUGCAUCUCGUCAGCAAGUUAAAAAUCCUGAGGCUGGGAAGUUGCAGACUUACCACGGAUGAUGUUCGAGCCCUGGGAGAAGCACUCAAGGUGGUACUUGAACUGAAAGAGCUGAACUUGUCCUGGAACAGUGAAGUGGGAGGAAAUUUGCCUCACAAUUUGCCCCACAAUGGGGCAUUUGUGGGUCAGUUGCUACCCAUGAUGCAAAAUCUCGAAGUCCUUGAUCUUUCCAUUAACAGAAACAUUGGUGCCAGUCUGAACAGUAUUGCUCAGGGAUUAAAAAGUACCUCAAAUCUGAAAGUACUGAAGUUACACUCUUGUGGACUAUCACAAGAGAGCGUCAGACUACUGGAUGCUGCUUUUAGGUCCUUGUGUGAACUGAAGAAAUUAGACCUUUCCUGCAACAGGGAGCUGGGUGGGGGUUUUGAAGACUCAUCAGCUCAGUUGGCCACGUUGGAGCAUCUAGAAGUUUUGGAUAUUCACCAGUGCUCGCUAACAGCAGAUGAUGUGAUGUCACUGACCCAGGUAAUCCCUUUACUCUCGAGUCUUCAAGAGUUGGAUUUAUCUGCCAACAAAAAGAUGGGCAGCUCUUCUGAAAACCUCCUCAGCCGGCUCCGAUUUUUACCAGCACUGAAGUCCUUACUCAUCAACAGCUGUGCUCUGGAGAGUGAGACUUUUACCGCCCUUGCUGAAGCCUCCACUUACCUCCCUGCUCUGGAAAUAUUCGACCUUUCUUGGAAUAAAUGUGUUGGUGGCAACCUGAAGCUGCUUCUGGAAACACUGAAGUUCUUAGCGUCCCUUCGAGUGCUGAGACUGAGCAGCUGUGGCCUGGUGACAGAAGACGUGGCUCUCCUGGCAUCAGUAAUACACACAGGUCACCUAGCCAAGCUACGGGAGCUCCACCUGAGUUAUAAUGACAGCAUCUGUGAUGCAGGAUGGGCCAUCUUCUGCCAAAAUGUGCGGUUCCUCACAGAGUUGACCGAGCUGGAUAUUAGCCUUCGGCCAUCAACUUCUCGGGAUUGCGGACAAUGGUUUAGACACUUAUUAUGUGCUGUUGCCAAACUUUUGGAGAUCACAGAGAUAGGAAUGAAAAGAUGGAAACUCCCCACUUCACAGGAGGAAGAACUAGAACAUUUUCUCCAAGAUCACAGACGCAGCAUUCACUUUGACCUUGGUGAGUUUCAGUAA